AUGAUCUAUAAAAAUAUCACGCAUAAACGAUAUUUUUUAGAGAUGGGUGUUGGCAUGAUUCUUCUAGUCGCUCAUUAUUUCUCACAUGCAAGCCUUUUUUUCUCAAUGGAUCUAAUAGAUGGUGGGCUUUAUAUCGAUUUGCACAUAAAUGGAUGCCUCAGAUCAACAACAAUUUCCACCACUGCUCUUUCCCUCAAGAAUAACGCUUUGCUAGUAAUGAUGAGUAAUACACCCAGGCCAGCAAAUAUAGGCCCUUCAUCUAAUAACAAAACUGCAAGACACAUGGAAAUGCUUUCUAUUCCAUCAAACCCCAUAAUCCACUCCACGGCUAAUCCGGUUCCAUACCCCUCAUAUAUAGUUUAUCCGCCAGUUGCGCUUCAACAGCAACUCCAAAGCCUCCCUCAGCAUCAACAGCAUAUUGAAGAUCUGCAUGAUCAAGCACAACAAGUAGAAGAUUAUCAUCAUCAGCAAAAAAAACAACAACAACAACAACAACAACAACAGCAGCAGCAGCAACAACAACAACAGCAGCAGCAGCAGCAACAACAGCAACAAUAUCUUCAGCCCUGUUAUCAAAAUCAUUAUCUACCACCACAGCAGAUACCGUUACGUUUACAACAUUCACCACAUCCACUUAUACAAAGACUGUCCCAACAAGUGCCACAAAGGCUACCGCAAAUAGUUCCAACACAGCUACCACAACAACUACCGCAAAAUUUACCGCAGAUUAAGCAUGAAGAUGUUGAAAUGAAUUCAGUGUUAUCACCAAUGAUAAACCCCUAUAGCGGCGUUCCCUCGCUGGUGCCUAAUCAUUUUAUACAAACGCAACAGGCUUUUUCAUUAGGAGAGCCUAUCAAUGAAGCCAAAACACAAAGACCAGGCUAUUUAACAUACUAUCAGUACCCCUCAUCAACGCUAUUACCAGUAGACACGUCGAUAUAUGUACAGCAAACUAAUAACAUAGUCACGUCGGUCAAUAGAUCACAGGCUUCACCACCACCGGCAGAUUCUCCAAAGACGGCGUUUGGGUCGCCCAUAUGGACCGCUGAUGAUGACAAAUUGCUAAGGCACCUGAAGGAGGAGAAAAAACUAGGCUGGAGAGAAAUUUCUGUACAUUUCCCCAAACGGACACUGAAUGCAUGCCAGUUCAGAUGGAGAAGAUUAAUUGCCAAGGAAGAAAACAAGAAAAAAAGAGACACCAUGAAGAAAAUGUUGAAGAAAAGGCUUAAACUGAUUGGCACAGAUAGCGCCGGUGGUACAGGAUGCCAUGAUGUCUCUGAGAGCGAUCAACCUGCAAAGAAGGCAUAG